AUGGGUCUUUUAACAUUAGGAAAUCCUUUGACAUGGGAUGAAACUGUGCCAUACUUAGAUUAUAUCAAAACUCAUGGAAUAUCUCAAUUUAUUAAUUUGUAUAAUCGUCUUAAAAAUCGUCAAGGUGACCAGUUAAAAUGGGGUGAUGAAAUUGAAUAUACUAUUAUACAAUUUGAUCAUCAAAAUAAACGUGUACAAGUUAGUUUGAAAGCACAUGAACUUUUAAAAAGACUUAAUGCUCAAGAGGAGGUUAAUUCUGUUGUUGGAAUGGAAAAUAAAUUUUUAUGGAGACCUGAAUUUGCUGGUUAUAUGAUUGAAGGAACCCCAGGUGUACCAUAUGGUGGAUUAUUAGCAUGUUUUAAUCUUGUUGAGUAUAAUAUGAUGCAUAGACGUUCUGAAGUUACAAAAAUGUUAAAAAGUGGUGAAUCAAUAAUGUCUAUUAGUUUUCCUCUUUUAGGAACACCAGAUUUUACCUCACCAUCAACUCAUAUUACAUACAAUGAUGAAAAUGGAGCUGGUAGAAGUAUUUUUUUUCCAGAUGAUGCCAUUUAUUCAGGUCACCCACGUUUCAAAAAUUUAGUUCGCAAUAUUCGUAGUAGAAGAGGUGAAAAAGUAAAUAUUCAAGUACCAAUAUUUAGAGAUAAAAAUACUCCAAUACCUUUUAGAGAAAAACUUCCUGUAUCUGAUGAUGAAGAUGCUAAUAAACAUGUUAAAGAUGAUUUUAUAUAUAUGGAUCAUAUGGGAUUUGGUAUGGGAUGUUGUUGUCUUCAAGUAACAUUUCAAGCUUGUAAUAUUGAUGAAGCAAGAUAUGUUUAUGAUCAAUUAACACCAAUAACACCAAUUUUAUUAGCAUUGUCUGCUUCAACACCAAUAUUUCGUGGUUAUCUUGCUGAUGUUGAUUCACGUUGGAAUAUUAUUUCAUCAGCUGUUGAUGAUAGAACAUUUGAAGAAAGAGGUCUUACUGAUACUAUUUCACCAAAUAGAUUUCGUUUAGAAAAAAGUAGAUAUGAUUCAACUGAUUGUUAUAUUGAUUCAUCAUCUAUACCAUAUAAUGAUAUACCAUUAUGUUAUGAUGAAAAAAUUUAUAAACAACUUCUUGAUGGUGGAAUUGAUGAAGCAUUAUCUAAACAUAUUGCCCAUAUGUUUGUAAGAGAUCCUCUUCAAGUUUUUAGAGAAAGAAUUGAACAAGAUGAUACAAAAUCAACAGAACAUUUUGAAACAAUUCAAAGUUCUAAUUGGAUGAAUAUGCGUUUUAAACCACCUCCACCAGAUGCAUUAGAAAUAGGUUGGAGAGUUGAAUUUAGACCUACAGAAGUUCAAUUAACAGAUUUUGAAAAUGCUGCAUAUUGUUGUUUUGUAGUACUUUUAACAAGAGUUGUCAUUUCAUAUAGACUUAAUUUUUUAAUACCAUGUUCAAAAGUAACAGAAAACAUGGAAAUAGCACAAAAAAAAGAUGCUGUACUUAAUGAAAAGUUUUUUUUCCGUAAAAAACUUUUUAGUUGCCAAUCUACUUCAGAAGCAUCACAAAUAUGUGAAAAAGAUGAUAUUUAUGCAAAGAUGACAGUAAAUGAAAUUAUUAAUGGUGAUGGAAAAGAAUUUACUGGAUUAGUACCAUUAUUAAAACAAUUUUUAGAUUCAGCUGAUAUUGAUGUUGAUACAAGAUGUACAAUAUCUCAAUAUUUAAGUUUUAUUCAAAAAAGAGCUUCAGGUGAAAUUCAUACAUUAGCUCAUUGGAUGAGAGAAUAUGUUGAUAAACAUUCUGAUUACAAACAUGAUUCCGUAGUACCACAAUCAACUAUAUAUGAUAUGUUAACUUGUAUGGAUGAAAUUUCUAAAGGAAAUAAACAUUGCCCAAAACUUCUUGGAUGUUAUCGCUCCAAAACUGAUCAUCUUAUUCCUAAAGCUGUUAGAAAAUUUGAAGAAAGUCUCGUAAUUCAAAAAGCAUUACGUAAACAUUAA